AUGAAGUUCUCAACUGUUUUCACAGCUAUCUUUGCAUUGGGCACUGCUGUGCUGGCACAGCAAGUUGUCACACCAGCAUCUGAUCCUUUAGCCUUGGAAUUAUCACAAAGAAAUUUAGAUAAACUUUACGAAUUACAAGAAAGAGAUUUGUUUUCUAUUGUUGAAGGGUUAUUCAGUAGUAUCAAUUACACGAGUAUUUUGGACUCCAUUGACUAUGAAUCAAUUGCUGGAUGGACAAACAAUUUGUUAGUUGAAAAUAAUAAUAUAGAAUACUUGGAUAACAUCUUGAACUUUUUAGGUGACACUGAUUUGGUCCCAUUUGCUGUCAGUUAUCUUUUGAGCAACAACGAAACAAGAAAUAUUGUUGGUGAAGUUGUAAUCGAAGCUUUACCACUUAUCAAAGAUAUCGAUCCAACCCCAAUUUUUGUUGCAUUGAAGAAUUCGGGAUUGGCAUAUGUCUUGGUUGCUGACUUGAUUAAGAAUCCAAACACUGUUCCAUUUGUUAAACAAGUUGUCGUUGAUUUGUUGGAUGAAGGUUCCUUUGGCUUGGGUGAUUUGUUUGGCGGAUCUUCUGAAGCUACAACUACUGCUGUUGCCAUUGACUCAUUAGCUACCAUCAAUACAAACAUUGAUUUAACUGUUGCUGCCGCACCAACAACCAAAGCUCAAUCUAUUGGAAGUAUCGACACCGCUUCAUUGGCUGUACUUUUCUCUGAAGCUAGAACUGCAAAUGGAAAUGGUGCCACAAAAGUUGCUAAUACUGUUGCUGUUACUGCCCAAGUUACCGCCCAAGUAACCAAUGUUGGUACUACUGCCAAAGCUACCAAGGCUGUUGCCACAGGUGAAAUAAACUACAGUGGUAUUACUGGUCCAGCCUACGAAUCCUUGCCACCAACUCAAUUCGGUUCUGUCCCUACUUCCAUCAAUUACUCUGCUUUGUCUCAAAUCUCUGGUGCUUUAAGAAAAAGAGAAUAUAAUGAUGCUGUUGAAGCCGCUUUAAGAGAUAUACAAAAAAGAGAAGAAGGAAUUGAUGACGUGGAAAUUGCCUUGAGAAAAAUGAAGAGAGACAACAUUGAAGAUUUGUUAACCACCAUUUUUGCAUCUGUUGCUAGAUCCAAUUUAUUAAACACAACUAUUCAAUAUUUGGUAACUGAUCAACGUUUUGAAAGCACCGUUGUCGAACUUUUACAGGGUGUAUUCGAAAAUAUCGGAUCCACUUUAACUGGUAUCUUGGACACUGAUUGGUCUGCCUUACAACCUUUAGUUAGCUCAUUGUUGAAUUCUGGUUUAUUGACUGACUUUAUUAGCAGAGCUUUUAACGAUGAUGAAUUAAAAGCUGUACUUUGGAAUGACAUUACCCUGAUCUUUAAAAGAGACAUGGCCUUCAGAGAUGAAAUUGUCAAACGUUCUAACGGUACCAUUACAUCCUUGCCAGUUUCAGAUUUUAUUACUGGUGUUGCAACUGAAACUUCGGCUUUAGAUGGUGCUGAUGGCACUCUUUCAUCGUUAGACGUUACUGCAUUCAUCAACACUGUUUCACAUUCCUUUAUAACUUCCAAUGCUUCCAGCAGUGCUGUCAUUACUAUUCAAUCUGAUAAUGCCGGUUCCUCUUAUGGUCCUGGUUUUUACUCAACAAUUUUUGCUGUUUUUGGCUUGUUUGCAAUGAUGAUUUAA